GUCUGAGCGCCAUGGCGGCAUUUUGCCUCGAAUCUGUGGCCGGGGCCUCGCACGGUCAAAGGAUGCAUCUGGCGGCGGGAGUUUAAUGGAGAGCACAAUCGCGACAGGGGGCUGCUGCCAUCAGGGGAAGGGCAAGACCUUGCCGUGCUCAUUUGCGCCUCCCGCAAAGCCUGCAAGCGAUUAGUGACGCGGCACGCUGGCUGGCGCGCGGCAGUGGUCUCUCCGGUCGACAACAAUGCUCGGGCGGCGAGCCGGCGUUGUUGGACGGCCCCCGCUGGCGGCAUCUCGGCCGAGGCCUCGACAUCAAAGGCGCCGCCGACAUGUGCCCGCCAAGAUCGGCGCAGCCCUCUCGGCGGCCUCGACCAAAGGAGCGCUCCCUCUCUCAAGCGGCGCUCCCUCCGAUGGCCGCCGCAGACCGGAGCCCAGCACCCGGCGACCCUCGGACACCCAUUAAAAGCCGCCGGCUGCUCCUUCCUUUUGGCCCACAGUGGCUGCGGUCGAUUAGAUCCGCGCUGCCUCCUCGCGCAAAACCCCGUUCCCAGCACGAGGAGCACGCGUACAGCCGAUUUUUUCCCUAGUCUUUUUUUUUUUUUUUUUUUUUUUUUUCUGCGGGAAGUUUCACUCGGGUACAUGCUGCCGAAACAAGAAAGAACGAAAAAAUCUAUCCGUGGCCGGAUGGCUGAGAUUCUUAUACUUUUUGGUUCUAUUGGUUUAUGCAGCCCAGGUUCAUAAAGCUUCCUUUCCUUGCGCGUCUUUUCCAUGGACGCAACACCUGCUGAACACUCACUUUGUGUUCAACUUCGGCGAUUGGGUUACGAAGUACCCCGCGUAAACGUAUUGUGCAAUCAAAAUGUAUAUUGAAACAUACUAAAGCGCCUCUACGUUAGUCAGCGGUGCUCACGUGUAUACUAUACUUAUAUGGAGCACUCUGCUAAUGUUUUCUUGCGCACACGUGGGAAAUAGUUUACUCUGAAUGCAUCAGCUACUCGUCGCUGCUAUGGAUGGCACGCACUGCUCUGUGCACGGCUUGACGCAGAUAAAUGCAUAGGUAAAGCCUGAGAUCGUGGCAGAGAGUCCUCGUUUACUGUUACAUAGCUUCCAUGCCGCUCACGUGGCGGUACGAUAACUUGUGGGUUAUGCUAGCUAGGAGACAUCUGCAGAUUCGUGCCGAGGAAGUAUUCACAUAUUCAUACCAUUUGCUGCAGAUUCAGCGUGUGGUCCUUGAAGAGAUUCAUCUCUGAUCUAACGCGUGUGUGCAAAACUCUUGUAUGUUUGCCGUUGAGGCUAUGCACAGCUAUUUCGUAGUGUUUCUUUCUCUUUUUUUUAAUGAGAAAUAACCCGCCACAAUGAUUUAGUGGCUAUGUUCUGCUGAGCACGAGGUUGCGGUUCGAUUUCCGACUGCGGCGUCCACAUUCCAACGGGGGCUGAAUGCAAAAGCAAUUGUUUAUUCUUUUUUUUUUUCUCGAAAGUAUGCCCGAGGGCAUAAUUUUGAUUGCAUAUGCAAAUGCAGGCCGGUUACAGCAGUAUACGUAUACGCGUGUGGAAUAUUCGACGCAGAAAGCCUCAGCCAUCUCAGCCGUCUCUGCUCAGAAGUUGAUUUGAGGCCUUAAAUCUCAUCACUUAUCAUAGGUACAGGCAGUGAAUGUACUGGCUCAAGGAGCUGUUUCUAGUCCAUUGUUAAUUCGCGACGCUUUAUCAUAUGCAACAUAUAGAGUUCGUUUUUACCAUCCUUGUGCGUAGCUCAGGGAGCAGUUUGUAGAGCGUUCUGGAAAGCUUCAUUAUAAAACGCUAAGAUGUUCACGUAUCUAAACGCAUUCAAGUACACACUUGACAGUCGUACAAGCUGUGUUAGUUGUGAAACGCUAUUCGUACUCGCUCCAGGGCCUCGACCUUCCAGAACAAGCUGAAUAAGCUGCCUGCUUCAUCUUGAAAUGAUUUGUGUUACCUUGUGCGUGCAUUGCUAAUACGUAAAUGUGCAUCUGGUAAAAGAAUUCUUCAAACAACGACGCCUGCACUAGUAGUAAGGGAACGCGUGUGCUCGGUGGCGCCGGCAGCAAACAUUCACGGUCAUUUAUGUGCCGGUCCUGGGGAAGCCCCUUCGUGCUGGCCCCCGUUGCCCUCGCGCUGUCCAGCACGGAGAGGGGCCAAGGCAGAUUGCAACGCCGGCCUUCCCUCCAAGGCGAAUGAGCCGCUCCUACGCUCGCCGCGCAUGCGCGUUGUGCCAGCUGUGCAGCCUGUCGCGCUCCUGCCGCGUCGUUUGCCGAGUUCUCGUGUGCGUCCGACGAGUCCUUUUCAGUGCGCGCGACUGUGGUUGCAGGCAGUGGUGAUGACUGCUUGACGGUGCUUCGUUCGCCGACUGCCGCGCAUGACAUUUUUUGACAUGGCUACCAUACUCAGGAAGAUGCCUCGUUUUACCGUCAAGUUUUGCUCGGCGUUCAGCAAAGCGGAAAGGUCGCUAUCCGAGUGUCCGCUGGAGCUGUCCCUGUCACUUUGUGAUGAUGAAAGCUGCAAACCAAAUGACCAAUUUGAGGAAGAGAAAUGUUUGCAUCAUGACGGCAGCACAGGCAGCACAGAAAAGGUGACUACAGCAUCAUUGACUGAGGAUGACGAGCGACCAGAGAAAGCUGAGGAAGAGAGGAGUGAGAAGGAGGAACGAGGAGAAAGUCUUAAUGCAACGGAUGUUUCUUGCAAUAAAUCCCACCAUGGUGAAGAGAGACAGGAGUUUUCCUUUACACUCUACGAUUUCAAUGGUCAUGGCAAGGUAACAAAAGAUGAUAUUGCAAGCCUCGUUCGCUCAAUUUAUGAUGCACUGGGAAAGAAGAGCCUGCCAAAGUCUGGUAGUCGAACCAUCAAAGUGCGACUUGCCAUUGGGCCAGACGAGGACAGCUGCCCAGUGCAAACUCGACCACUUUCAGAGUCCUCAGCACGCAGCAGUGCUCCAACUGCUUGCACAUUGCUCACAGAUGAACCACCUCCUAGUCGCAGAGCACCAGAGAGCCUUUCAGUUCCUGUGCACAGAAAGUUUCCACCUCAGGCAGAAAAUGUUCCCUCGGCAGGAAACAGGUGCAAGCACCCAUCUGGUGGAGUGCCACCAUCACCAUUGGGAAGUCGCUCACGGAGGGUUAAGCCUCGUGUUCAUCAGCGACAUGAGCUGCUACAAUGGCUGAAAGAGAGCACAGAGAAGGCUUGCCAUCAGUCAUCUGCUGCAGAAGACAACAGGCGAUCGCAGCAGGCAGCAGCCCGCAGAGCUGAGGCCACCUCUCGGCCAGAAGCAGCACCAUGUCCUUAUCAGUUACUAGACCGAGGCCACGAGUGUGGAGGUGCUUCUGCAAGCCCUCAGUGUGAGCGGCGUCAACACAGGCGCUCAAAGUCACAUGAAGAAGAGCCACCCUGCCGCGGCUGGCACCACCACUACCGGCACCGAGAGCGAGACUUGGAGCGCCAGCGUGCCAUGCGCCAGGUGGCCAGCUGGAUUGAACGCGAGCAACUGACUGGCCCACCACCCCCUCCUGCUCAGCGUCAUGAGCACCACCAUCUGCACGAGCAUGUGCAUCAUCACUACCAUCACUACGUUGACUGACAGUGCGCCCAUGUUUUGGCUCUUGCCUGUAGGUACACUGGCCGGGAGCAUGAUGUAGUGCGCUGACUGGGAAAGCAGGCUCUUGCUUCUCUAAACACAGACACAGUGGCAGCAAGCAGCUGACAAUAGGCAUCCACUGCACAGCACCACAGAUGUACACAUGCUGACCCUGUUGACCACAGUGACAGUGAGAAAGACAGUUCUGCCAUCAUGGAGCCAAGCAUUUGGAUCUACAGCAUCCCACAGGUGCACAGCGUUCAUCGCUAACUGGACCACUGCACUGAAAGAUUAGCCUGUUUGUUCUCCACACCAUCAGGCCUCCAGCACAAACUCGUCCGUGGUAGUUUCAUUGCCAGGGCAAGCUGUCCCCAUAUUUGUGGUUUUUCUACUGUGCUGAAAAAUUAUUUGGGUGUGCCAUGAAAUGAGGCUGGGAAGGUGGUUUGUUCACCCCAUUUCCUAGGCCUUAAAAGGUGGAACUUUGUUCCUUAAGUUGGAAAGAGUGAGGUGAAAGAUAGCUAAACGAGGUAACAGGUUGUAAAAGAUACAUGCUGCCUGAUAUUUUAUUUACACCCACAUGUACACAUCCAGAAUAGGCCAUUGCAAUUGUAAUUUGCAUGUAAGUGUUCUGUGGAGAAUGUUUAGUAUUUGUUAGUAUGAUGCUUUUAGAGUGUGUUCAAAGUAUUUUGUCACAUGCCAGUAGUUGGAUGCCGGUGAUGGUAUUAAUCAUAAUUAGCAGAGCCAGUGUAUCUGGCCUAUGUUUUGAUAAGCUUUGCAGGCAUAAGAAAUUAAUAGCUCUAGCAUCAUUUCUUUUGCUCUGCAUUGUUUGCUGAUAGGUGCAUCUGAUUAAAUGCAAUAAUCUACUUGGAUUUCAUUUGGUGCAGCUGUCAACACUUGCAUACUUUUCUACAUUUCUGCUCAGCAAAAUGCAUGGCAGGUUGCUCACGUUUUCUUCAUGUAUAUCAGGGAUGGUACUAAAAUGUUUCAAUCCAUACAAUAUAUGUGUACUUUUUUUCACUUUUGGCUCGCGUCCUUAUAGCAUUAAAUUACUAAAAUUCCUAGGAAUGCUGCAUAAAUGUAUAGGUGCUUGGCUAGUUGACAUCAUACAGCUUUAUGUAAUAGUCAAGUAUCAUGACGAGUGAAAAACUGCAGCAUGGUUGUUGGACAUGUGCCUGAUGCCCACUUCCACGAGUCCUAAAUGGAAAGUGUUAUUAAAAGAGAAAAAUUUGAGAGCGAGUGUAUCAAGUUAACUUGGUUGGCAGGAAUAUUUAAUACAAGUUUCCAUGCCUCGAGUGGAUCUCAACUAGUUAAAAGUAAAUAACAUAAUGAGCCUGUGAUUUUUAUAAUUUGCAAUAUAAUUUCUUAAAUUUGCUGACAGCAAGAAUGCUUACCUUUGGAUUAUACUAGAAGGCACUUUUGAAUUUGGUAGUGUAGCCGUUGAUGGAAUAUGAACAAAGAAUUAGUGUUCAGGGUAGGGAUAACUAGAGAUCGCAGGGAGAGGCCUUCGUCCUGCAGUAGACGUAAAAUAGGUUGAUGAUGAUGGUGAAGAUCAGGGGGUGCACGUCUUAGACUAGGCAUAAAAACAUUCAUGUUAUUUCUCGAUGUGUUUAUAAUGCAGUAAAUGUAUGCUUUUGCUCACUCAAUGGUAGUCAAAAUUAUACUGAAGGCAGACUACCAGCCUUGAUUAACCAGUUUAGUGCUAAGGUUAAUUUUUAGUAUUUAUUGAUGUACUGUAAAAAUGAAGAUGAAUGAAAAUUGCCGACAAGCAUACCGUAUUUACUUGCAUAAUGAUCACACUUUUUUGUAAAAAAAAAAAGGCACAGAUUCAGGGGUGCGAUCACUACGUGGGUUACAUUUACCGCGAAAAGAGAAACAUUUUAGUUUCAUCCCGCAUUUGCUGCGAGAUGACAACAGGACAACAAACAGGCGGCUGCCGCUGUGACAGUGCGGGACAUCAAAACAAAAAUGGCGGCCGGCGGAGUAAGCCGAACACGCCGAACGCGUUUUUUUUUUCUUCUCCUGAGUUCAUUACAUGCAUUUAAACAGUUUCUUCCGUAUCAGUAAUGAAUAUUGUUAAUAUCGGCAAGUUUGCGGCAAUGACGUCGCCAUGUCUCCUUUGAGGGGACAAAAACAGAGAUAUGGCGUGCUUAGCUGCCAGUGACAUAUAAACACAUGAUGGGCAUGCUUCGAAAACAGCAGCAGUUGUCUUCACUACUAUCCUAAUACGGCACGUUUCCGCUAAGGUUGGGUGAAUGUCUUAGCCGUGUUACAAGCGUUGGUGUAUGAAUAGAGUACACUUCUAACGUAUCAGUGUAAACGUGGCUACUAUCGCUGUCGCCCGCGAUUUGUUGCGUGCCCACGAGUGCAGACGAGAGGAAUUAAAAGGAGCCUUUGUAGUUGUUGUUGACCACAAUCAUUAAAGAGCCUACAAAUAAUAACGCCAAGGUAAGUUUGGUCGUAGCUUCUUUUUUUUUUUUUUUUCAUGGAAGUGCGGAAAGUGAUGAAAGGAAUGAAAUGGGGCAUCUGCUUAAGAAUAUGUUUGGCGCAUGCAGACCGCUUGGUACGUGUUGAAGAGUCGUUCGCGUAGCAUUCGACAGAUGGUAAGCGCGAUCAUCAUUAGCUAGACUUGGCACAUGACAUAUCGCUGCGCCAAGUUCGGGGUGUGAUCAUUACGCGGGAACGAAAAAAAUCGAAUUUUGACGACAAAAUUUAGGGGUGCGAUCAUUACGCGAGUGCGAUCAUUAUGCAAGUAAAUACGGCAAUUUGCAGUGUGGUACUGUUGAAAGCAACUUUGACGAAUGUGAACCAUGAGUUGGAGGUGCAGUAAAGUCGAGCUCACUUAUAACGGCCCACUUAUUAUUUAGUACAGACAGGUUUUCAUUGCCCAAAACAGUUUGCAAGGAGUGCAGAGAGUGCUGACCACUUGCGAUGAUUUGGUCACCGUGCUGGGUCAGUUCGAACAGCACAAUUCACUAUCAUGCUUAUGUAAAAAAUUGCAAUACAUGUUUUUGCACAAUAUGUUAAACCUGUACCUUGUUAGCUUCGUAAAAGGAUCUUACAAUUACCGUAUUUACUUGAAAAUAGGUUCUACAUGAAUACAGGUUGACCACUAUAUAUAUUGAACUCGCCGAGAAGUAAAAAAUUGUAAUUCGAAUAUAAGUCCACCCAUGUCAUUUUAGGAAAACAAAAGACUUUGAGCAUGGCGUGUUUCUUUUCUGCAAGCUCGGCUACUAAGUCUCGCUAGUCGAUGCUACAAGCUGCAUCCUUGUCGGACGCAUCACAGGCUUCCUUGGCACCCAAAACAGUGUUGUCCUCAGUGCCAUUGAGUGCGUUGGAUAUGCAGCAUUUCCUAAGGCCAGCCUGGAUAAUCUCCAGUGGGCAUGAUGGAGGAACUCUAUUAGCUCAGUACUUUUGCUAAGUUAACGAAUGUAGGUCAAGAUGCUUUGGUCAGGACUAUAUAGGUCAAUGGCUCAUUUUGGGCAACAUAAAAAAAAGAAGAAAAGAAGGUUUACUUAUAUUCGAAUAAACAUGGUAUAAUGAACCCUUAUAGUAAGCACUUUUUGUAUUAUAAGUAGUUCCUUGUAAGCGGGCUCGACUGUAAUUGGUAAAGGGCCUGUAAAUAUGUGCCUUGUAAAACCUGAAGGUGCUACGGCAGACAAUUUUAGCACUUUGGAGUCCAAGCUUUCGUUACUGCCUACCCUAAUUGCAAGGUCUUGUACUGAUAUAUAUAUAUAUAUAGGUACAUCAACACACCACUGCCAAAAGCUUAUUUUCUGUGCCUCCUAGCCAAAGAAAAAGAAAAUGAAGAUAUGCUUCCUGACAAAGUUUGCAGUCUUGAGUGACUCCUUUCGAGGAUCUAGUGCACAUAUAGCAAAGAGAAUUGAUAUUAAUCUAACCCUGGAUGAUAACCUGCUGAGGAACGCUCUGUUUUAGAAUAUUUGUUGCUGUUGGGCAUUAUGACACUGUUCUCUAUUUAAAAGCUAGUCCUGUUUGGUAUUUGGGAUGAUGGCCUUGAUGCUUUUGUUUGAGGUUGUGUGUUCUGAACUGUUGUAACAUUUCGUUUUAAAAUGAGACACUGACAAUGCUAGUAUAUUUUAACCACAGAAGCAAAUAAUUGUAAUUAAUCAUUGUCCAACCUUUUUCAUGUCUGGAAUAUUGAAUGAUUAAAAUUUAUAUCAGACUUCACUUGUGCUAUUUAAAGCUCUUCACUUGAGCAGAAGAUUUUCAAAUUUACUUUCAUUUCGUGCUUUACGAAUAAAAUGGAAACCCAACCACUGUCACAGCAACUCUGGAAACUGUUUAGGCUGCUUGUAGGACGACCAUUUUCCACAAAUUAAGAGCUGUUGUCUUGUCUUUAGAGGAAGCUUUAGCUCGGGCCCAACUCCAACGCGGCCUAUUCAAACACAUAUAAAACGCAAAAACGCUUUUCUGAGAUAACCACUGGACCAAUUUUAAUGAAAUUUGUUGCAUUUGAGAGCGAAAGCAAAAUUCUAGUGACUGUUGGAAGCGGAAUUUCGAUUUAGGACUUGAAUUUUGUUGCAAGAAUCUUCAAAAAUGCGAAAGUUUGAAAAAAAUAGAACCACGAAGUUUACGAACUUGUAGCUCUGCAUCAAGAACAGAUAUAGUUCUGUGAAUGGCAUCCAUUAAAUUAUUGAAAGCGACAAAUUCGAUAUGUAAUUUUACAUCUUACGUGAAUUGGUUACGUUUACAAGGGUUCUGCAAAAGCAGUAUUUCCACAUUAAAAAAGUUUUUUGAGAUUCUUGUGUAACAUAUAAAUUUUGUCCGCUUUAGAUAAUCUAUUAGAUGCAAUUCACAGAAUUGCAUUAUUAUUUUUGGUUGCUGAGUUACAGAAUUGUAAACUUGAUAUUUUCGUUUUUUGAAAAUUUUCAAAUUUUGCCAAUUUUUAACAAAAACUCUGCGACCUAAAUCAAAACUUCAAAACCAAGUCACUAGAUUUUAAUUUUUCUUUUAAAUGCAACAAACCUCAUGAAAUUUGGUGCAGUGGUUACCAAGAAAAAGAAAUUCUCCUUUUACAUGUAUUUAGAUAGGAGCACCCGAGCUAAAGCUUCCUCUUAAGAGGGUGCAGUGUACAAGCAGGGAUAAUGAAAAUUGAUUUAUAAAACGGUAUGCUGCUUGACAUGUAGGCUUGCUUCUGCUCUAUUGUGUGUUGUAAACAAAUUGGCGAGGAAAUGGUAAAUAUAAAUUUAUCUGAAAGAAUCAACAGUGGGCACCCCUGUGAUUAUGUCAUUGCUACCAACUUUUCGUCUGCUAUCCUGGAUCAUUAUAGCAUGAUACAAUGCUUGUAACAGAAGACUUCCUUUAAAAUGAACUUGAACGGACUGUGUUCAUUACAUAUUUGGCUUGACGCAAGUUUGCUGCAUCUGCAGGAAACCAAACAACGGUUUCAAAACAGUUAUGCUUAUCCCAAAAAUUGAGCUUAAGGAGAGGCUAUUGGAUAUGCAUUCUUCAUAUGACACCAUUUUUUUUAUGGAUGUAAAUUUUCAUGGAUAAAUAUAAAUUGUUCUCAAAAGAAGUGUUUCAUCAGACUGUGUGUGCUUUGUAAUUUUGCAAGGAAACUUGUUUCAACCAUGUGAUGAAAAGUUGGGAAAACAUUAGUUAUGCUUUGGCACUGCUCGAUAAUGGCAAUCUUCCUUGACUUUGAGAUUCCUUUAAAGAUGCUGCGACUAGAUAGGAUUUCACCAGUGAGUCUGGUAUACUGUGUGCAUGUAGUACAUUAAGGUAACCCAAAUAAUUGUGUGCCCUUCAUUAUGCCUUUGUGCAGAUGGAAAAACCUUAUUUAUGUGACCGUGUUUAGUACAGCAUUUUACAAGCAUUCCUAUGUAUAGGUAGCAUGUUUCGAGGGACCAUAUUCUUUUUAUAUUGUUUGGCAGGUGCAGAAGCUUGUAAAUGCAAGAUGGACAUGCUCUGUUGUAGAAAGCUAAACAUAAUUCUACAAGAUAGUUUGGCCCUGUAUAUUCUAAAAACUGCUGACUAUUUUAUGUAACUCGUUUCCUCUCUCAGUGGAAAUCAUUUGAUAUGUGGUACAUGUUGUACAUUAAUGCCCUGCAUUGUGGACUACAUGUGUGCUUCAGUGCUUUGUGCAGGAUUUGGUGAUAUUGCAUCAAAUGUGUGUUGAUAUCUGAGCUCCUAUCGCCUACGUGAGGAAAAAAAGAAAGAAACCUCACUGAAGAGUCUGUUUUUACAGACUUCUUUCUAAUAUGUGUAUUAGGUGCAUUGCUGCGUACAGCGGGCUGUGGCAGUUAUAUGUGAAGAGUGGCCUAUUUGUUUAUUACAUUUAUAGUUGUAUACCAUUCAAAUUGCACAUUGCCGUGUGCUGCUAAGUUGUGAUUUGAACUGAAGAAAAAUUGAGGUAUUUUUAUUUCUAUUACAUGAGUAAUGCAGAUGGACUGAAAGAGCAUGGACGUCAUACUCAAUAACAUAUGUACUACUUAGGAAGUGGAAGGUAAUUCCUCAAAUCUUCAUAUGAGUACUUGAUGGGUCAGUUUUUAUACCUGAAAGUGUAUCACUGGGAUUUUUAAGGUUAUACUUCACUACUGUCAAAGUAUUCGCCAACCUUUAUUACAAAGAUAGAAAAAUUACAUUGUAGCAGUUACGGUAGUGGUGUAGUGUGACACUCACUUUGCUAGAUCUUGUUAAACCUGUCCAGUCUUCCAUUGCUUUUCUUCAUUGACUUAAAAGUAAAUGAAGUAGUGCAUAAUUGGAAGAAAGCUGCCAAUGGUGAGCCUUUCUGCAGUGCGGGAAUAACCAGUCAUUUGUCUUUUAGACUAUUGCUGCCAAUAGCUCAGGUAGGCAUGUAUGUAACCUAGUGAAUUCCCCCUAAUUUGGAGCAGCCCAUGAAACAGCUUUUACAGAGGAAUGGUUAGCAUCUGCAUGAACGUAUGCUAUGAAGCUAGACAGUAAGGCUGUACAGUUCCCUUGGUUUCCACUCUUGGGUGCUUUGUAGUUUACUGGUUAGUUCAAUUGGUAUAAUAACCAAGUAGUGGAAAUUACUUAAAAAGGCAGAAAUACUGCCAAACAUUUAUUUUUAACUGAAUGACUUUGAGUUGGUAAAUAUACCCCCAUAUAAAAUAGGUUAUUGCCUUUAUUAUGCACUGCUAAAUGCACCCCUUCAAAUGCCUGCCUGCUUCUGUAAAUUCAUGGCAAUAAAACAUAAACAUUUUCCUUUUAUCUUUAUAUCAGUCUCCUUCCUACCCUGCACAUUUAUCCUGAUUGCACUAAAUACUCGGUUCUUAACAUUUUCAGCUUGUACAUAAACUGCUCAAGGAGUCUCAGGGAUCAUAGAAAUAAGAACGGGGCAAACAUUCUGAAAUUUUUUGCAUUUGUUGUGUAUAAAGUGUGGACAUUUUUGCUAUUAUAUAAAUAUAUACAUAUACAAAUAUUGUAAUGCCAUGCUGUGACGGUGCAUUGAUAUUAGAUGCACCUGUGUUAUUCUGCCAUAAUUUCAACCUGUGGAUUGUGUGUAAGUUAUUUUGUACAUAAAAUUCCAUACCUCAAGCCAAAUGUCAUGUCAAUGCUGCAUUGAGGGCAUUGGUCACACCAAGGACCUCAGUAAGGGCUAUUGCACCACUUUGGACAUUUGUAAGUCACAAGUGGGGAGCAAGCCUCAUUGUACUGAGUGUGCUGAAUAAAUGUUAUAACUUCGAAUCAAAUUUAGUGGGCAAUUGUCAUUUCAUUGGUUGUAGUAUAUAAUCUCUUGCGGUGAUAUUUACUGACUGCCGUUUCUGUGCAGUCAAGCUUUUAACAUUGCUUAUAAAUUCUGUCAAAACACGUUGGCGGGCUAUUUGGUUAGAAUCCAUGGUAGAGUGCAUAAGCGCAACUGUAUGAGGACGUAGAAAGAAACAGAUACACAGACACAGCGCUUCACUUUCAACUAUAGAUUUUAUUUUCACACGCGUCGAUAAAUAUAUAUCGUGCGAGCGGAAACAAACGUAACAGCAAAAAAGAACAUUGAGUGGUGCACUUCGAUGAACCGAACACGUGUGCAAGGCAAGGGAAAACAUGUACUGCAAUGGUCACAAAGAUAAACCGAGGAAUCGUAUCUCCUUUUCCGAUAGUGACACCGAAGGCUUGCUUAUACACUUUUGCUCUAAUUUUGCAAUUUCGUAGGCCUCUACAAUCUCCCUCAUCAUCCUGCUAUGAGCCUUAUACAGAAUUGAAGUGCUUUCAAACAUGCGCUUGCAGGAACAAUCUCGGCAGUGAAUACCCAAAUGACCCGAGAUUACCCUAGUGACGUUAUAUUGAUGCUCUUUUAAUCUCUCAUUGAUGCAUCGGCUGGUUUGAUCAAUAUACGUUCUUCCGCAUGAAAGUGGGAUGGCAUAGACAAAUGAGUACAGGUUGCAGUACAGUACAGGCUGUUACGUUUGUUUCCGGUCGCAUGGUAUAUAUUUAUCGAUGCGUGCGAAAAUAAAAUCUAUAGUUGAAAGUGAAGCGCUGUGUCUGUGUAUCUGUUUCUUUCUACGUCCUCGUCUAGUCGCGCUCGUACACUCUACCUUGGAUUCUGUCAAGCUAUUUGCCUGAGUAGAGAUACUAAGAAAUGGAUUAGACUGACUCUCCUAAAUUUGGAUUUGGUGACGUCUCAAAAUGAUGUGCUUUUGACAUGUUAUUACAACUGAAGUGCGUGCACUUUUCAAAUGUGCAUAUAUCGUCCUGCGUGUUUAUUUUGACAGCCUUAAUAAAUUCUUAUGUUUGCCACUGG